AAAAAAUAGCUCCAAAUGAAAACAACAAACAAAGCCAGUAACGUCAUCUUUACCAAUCCAAAAACACAACAACAACAUUAUUCUCUCAGAAAAAAAAAAACACCACCAUCACUGUUGUCGACGCCGUCACCGUUAUCGCCGCCGUCACAACAUCAAAAACUAAUUUUUUUUCAAAUGGGUGCCACAGAACAUGUGGUAGGUGAGAGAGAGAAUGAAAUUGAAGCUGGAAUGAGAGAAAAAGAAGGGGAUGGUGGAAAUAAGGAAGAAAGGGUAAGGGACUUGGAGAGAGGGGAAGUUGGUGUUGAAGAGAGAGAAGUUCAAAGCAAUCAUGUUGAUGUUGAUGAUGAUGAUAAUGUUGGUCAUGGUCAUGAUCAUGAAGAGUUUAAUGUUUCAAGAUUUCAUAGAUUAAACCCUACUAACCCUUUGAGGAUUGUGAUUAAUAGUUCUACAAGAGUUGCAAAACCUUCUCAACCUACUAAUCAAUCUCAACGCUCUCAUACUCAUACUCAAUCACGCUCUGUUCCAACCCCAAUUGAAACACCACAACCACCACCACAACAGCAACCAGUAACACUUAAUUCAAGAAGAUAUACCAACAGAAUAUCCUUGUUUAUAUUUGCACUCCACCAAUUACUAGCUAUUGCUCUUGUGUGUUUUCUUGUGUUCAAAGGAAUCCGUGGACUUAUACAAGAUUCUGAUUCUGUUAAAAGGAAACAGAAAAAUGUUUUGAAGUUUUUUCUCCCUCAAGUGGAAGUUGCAACUUUUAUGAGCAUAAUUCUUGCUUUCAUUUGGCAAGGUGCAAUUAGAAAAUGGCCAACUUUUAUGAUUCAUUUCAUACUGUGGUGUACUUUUAUCAUGUCUCUUGCAGCCGGAAUUCUUCUUAUUUGCUUUCAAAAAGCUCCAACCGACGGCGUUGGUGUUUGUUUCAUCGCUUUUGCUAUCGGAAAUGGUUUAUAUGGUUGUUGGGUUAGUCAUAGAAUUAAGUUUUGUUGUAAGGUCUUGAGUUUAUCGCUUCAACCAGUGUCGAAAUUUAGUGAUUUGAAUAAACCUACUUAUAACAUGCUCGGUGUUGGAUUCUUGUGGAUAUCGCUAUGGAUUUUAGCAGUUAUUGGAGCUUUGAACUUUUAUUUUCCACCGUUGAUUAUCAUUGUGUUGGUGUUGAGUUUGAUGUGGACUACCGAGGUUAUGAGGAAUGUUGUUAAUAUAACUGUUAGCAGGGUUAUUGCAUUGUAUUACUUGAGAGGAAUGCAAUCUAGCACACAAUUUUGCCUUCUAAGAGCGUUGACUCGGAAUCUCGGAAGUGCUUGUUUGGGUUCUCUAUUUGUGCCAGCGAUUGAAGCAUUGCGAAUUGUUGCUAGGGGGUUGAAUUUGCUUGAGGGAGAAGAUGAGUUCAUGUUUUGUUGUGCUCGAUGUUGUUUACGCGUCAUGGAUUCGAUUUUCAGAAAUGGCAAUAGUUGGGCUUAUGUACAGAUAGCAGCUUAUGGAAAAGGUUUUGUAAAUGCAUCACAAGACACAUGGUCCCUAUUUGAGAAGGAAGACAUGGUGCCAAUAGUAGAUGCUGAUAUAACAAGCUCAAUUUGCUUCCUGACAGGAGUUUGUAGUGGCUCAAUUUGUGUCAUUGUUGUGGCUGCUUGGACUCAAAGAGUACACCAAAGUUUCACAGCCACCUUAUCCCUACUCACAUUCCUCAUUGGAUACCUUUUGACUAGGAUUGCAAUGGCAGUGCCUCAUGCUUGUGUGAGUUGUUACUAUGUUUGCUAUGCUGAGAAUCCAGAUAACAGAUUGUUUGAUAAAACAAUUAAGGAUCGUCAAGCUUUGUUAAAAACUGGUCGUGAAGUGGUUGUGCCUACACCAAGGGGACUUAGGAGAUAUACUACUAGGUCUUAAUUUCAUAAUUUCACUAUCCAAAAACAUUAAAUCAAUGACAAAAAAUUAUAGAUGAAAAAUAUAAAAUUCGUCUCUAAUUUCGUCAUUAUUUUUUACGUUUCUAAUUAUUGUGGCCAAUUUUAUUUUAUUUUUACACUAUGCAAUUACAAGUUGAAGUUCAACAUGAAAUUUUCUUAUGAAAAAAUGCUCUUAAUGUCGGACUAAGAUACCCUCCGGUCGAGGAUCUUUCUAUUUACGAAUUAAGACAUUGGUAGUUGUUCGAUUAAGAUCGGAUGGUAUAAAACAAAGUUAAAUUGUCUGAUCUUAAUUUAACGAUUUAACGACAUUCGUAAAUUUCAAAUCCUUUAUGGAUGGUGGAAGAACGUGAUGCAUGACCAAAAUGGAUGAAUAUUGAAUUGAAGCCAAUAAAAAAAUGGUGGUGGCUUUUGUUGAGAAUGAUCUGGCUUGAAGAGCUAUAGUUGGAUUUUUGUAUUGGAAUGAAAAAAAUGUGGGGUAAUGAUACUAAUCAACAAGGCCACUAGAGUGACUUGUGGUCCCAAUCUUGUAAUGUAAUGUAUAUUUUUUUUGCAGAUAUACUUUUAGGAUAUUCCAACAUUAUUUAUUGUAAGGUGUACGUACAAGCAACUGACUCUUCAUUUAAUUAGUCUUUCAA